GCCUGAGCUGAAAAAAGAACUAAAUCCCCCGGGCCAAAUUCAUUCCUGGAGUUGCUUGAUUGAACAGAGAGCAUUUACCCUGAGCACAGAUUUGGCUCCUACCUGACUUUGUCAGCAGUCGCUGUGCUGUAACUAAGUAACGAGAGCACUGUCGUUAGGGGGUAGAUGAAGAGCUUUCUCUCCGGUUAUUAGAGCACCGAGCACCUUUAAGGAGUGCAGAAAUCUGUGAAAGGAGGAACUGGGGAAAAGGACACCGCUCCUUUUAGAGCCCGUGUCACAGAACUGAUCAGCUAUUCCUGUGAUGUGAUCGAAUGUGACUGAAUACUGCAGGCUCUUGGACUCUUAUUCUGUAAAAUCCACAGGAGAGCAGCACAGGAAAGGAUCGGAGGGAACAGCUUCUGCUAUACUGAGAAAGAUGCUGGAGAGCUCUUCAGCCCCUUUGUUCAUUGUCUUCAUCCUGCUUUUCAUUUUGCUGCUCUUUGUGGUGCUCAUCAGGAAAAACGGCACUGCUGCCCUUAUCUGGAAUGAAAUAAUCCGGGAGAAAGUCACCAAUUUCAUCAUGAACCAGAGCAAAGAACAGAGGAUUUUAAAUUUCGUGCUGCAGAACGCGGUGCGAGGAGACCCCCGGAGCGUGGUGGACACUAUAGACAAAUACUGCUCCCAGAAGGAGUGGGCCAUGAACGUGGGCAAUGAGAAAGGUUUGAUUUUAGACAAGACAGUGGAAGAGGUGAACCCCUCGGUUGCCCUGGAGCUGGGCUCAUACUGUGGCUACUCAGCAGUGAGGAUUGCCCGGCUCCUCAAGGCAGGGGCUCGUCUGCUCACUGUGGAGUUCAACCCAGAGUUUGCUGCCAUAGCCAGACAGAUGAUUGAGUUUGCUGGAGUACAAGACAAGGUUAAACUCCUAGAAGGCCCUUCACAGGAAAUUAUCCCCCAGCUGAAAAAAAAAUAUGAAGUAGAUACUCUGGAUUUUGUGUUCCUGGACCACUGGAAAGACAGAUACACACCAGACACCAUCCUGCUUCAGGAAUGCAACCUGCUGAGGAAGGGCUCAGUUCUCCUGGCUGACAAUGUCAUUUUCCCAGGAGCUCCAGAUUUCCUGACCUACGUCCGCGAGAGCCCCCACUUCCAGUGCACUAACUAUCCAUCCCAUCUGGAAUACAUGCAAGUGGAAGAUGCUAUGGAAAAGGCUGUGUUUUUGGGAUAAACAGAGCCAUUAAUACUCAACCUUUGUUUCAAAUGAUGUAAAUGCAGCUGCACAGGUUAACUUGUCCAUGCUCUAAUUUUUGGGGAGGGUUUUUUAUUUACUUUUAUUUUGAAGCCUGUAAUUAAAGCAAGUGCUAGUGGAGAUCUUUUUAGACUAGGUGGAAACCAAGACUGGGAGUAAGCAGGGUAACUGCUCUGUGCCAUUGUUCCACACAAUUCAGCAAACCCAAGGUGAUGCACAUUGCCUUGCCUUGACCAAGACAUCAUCUAACAACAGAGUCUGUUACUUUGAGCUCAAAGCUGAACAACCACAGUUUGGGCUUAGGGCAAGGUGGAGAAAUACACUGCAACUUCUGAAGACUUGUGUCCCCAAGCCAAACUCAUUAAUGGUUAUCAAGAGUGGAAAAAAGCAGGCAUGUUGCUAAAAAUGACCAUUUCAGGUGCCCUAAUUUUGCUCAGUUACUAUCAUGCCACCUUAAUGCAGUGAAGGCUCCUAUGGUGAUAUCAGAUACUUUUUUGCAUAUUUACUGCAAAAGUUAAUCAUCUCUAUGUGAGAGAAAAGAGCACACACACUGAAAGAUGAAAGACCCAUGCAGUGAUGAGAAAAACAAAACAGAAUUUUGCAAAAUACAAACAAAUAAAAUUAUUAACCUGCCCAUGGAGAUGUAGGGAACACUGAAGUAGUAAACAGAUUAAAAUAAACACAGUAACAGACAGAGAACAAAAGGAGCAGACUCCUCCCAAAAGCAUACAAAACUGUGUAAUAUUUGACCUUGAGAAAAUGCUGUUUAUCUGCUCAUUAUACUGUAUAUACGUAGGAUGUGAUUUUUAGGGGCAGGGCAAGCUGCUUACUCUGAAGUGCUGUGUUAUGUUUAAGGCACUGUAUAAAAAUAAAGCCAAGAGAGAAUGGUUUCCCCAGGUGGGUCCUGGUUCACUCAGUGCUGUUAAACCUCGGGAACAGUGGGGGUUGUCAUGGAGAAGAUACAAAGCCAAAUCUGAAGUCUCCCACUCACCUGAACAAGGCACCAAUCCAGUGGCAGUUCCCAGCACGUCCUGCUGUGAUUAUAUAAUAAAGCAACGGUUGUAUUUAUAAAUAAAAAAUAAAAAACAAUAGAGCAGGGAUGUGA